UUCAGGAAUCCAGUACCAUAGCCAGGAAAUAACAAAACACACUCCCGAAUUUCCAGGCCUCCCAGGCCACGCCCUCGUUUCCUAGGUUACCGGUACCCGCCCCUGCGUCCAGGUUCGCUUCCGGGAGGCGGGGCUCACACGUUCCCUGCGCGUGACGUAAGUGCGCUGCCCUAUAAAUACGUGCCGCGCCGCCGGCGCUUCCUCUUGGAUCACCACCUGGACUUCAACAUGGCGCCUCAGAAGGACAAGAAGCCUAAGAGGGCAACCUGGAAAUUUAAUUUGGAUCUUACUCAUCCUGUAGAAGAUGGAAUUUUUGAUUCUGGAAAUUUUGAACAGUUUCUACGGGAGAAGGUUAAAGUCAAUGGAAAAACGGGAAAUCUCGGGAAUGUAGUUCACAUUGAACGCUUCAAGAACAAAAUCACUGUUGUUUCUGAGAAACAGUUCUCUAAAAGGUAUUUAAAAUAUCUUACAAAGAAAUAUCUUAAGAAGAAUAAUCUCCGUGAUUGGCUUCGAGUAGUUGCAUCUGACAAGGAGACUUAUGAACUUCGCUACUUCCAAAUUAGUCAAGAUGAAGAUGGAUCUGAAUCUGAGGAUUAGAUGGAGUCUUCUCAUAUAAGGCUUAUUAUUAGUGUUUUAAAAUGAAAGCCAAAGAAAUAGAAAUGGACUUGUGGUUUGUUGGUGAAUAAAAGAUAUACUUGGAAUGUUAA